AUGCCUGGCAAGGAAGCAAAGAGGGCGACGCAGCCCGUGAAGGCCGCGUCUCCGUACAAGAAGCCCGCUGCUGCGUCGCGGUUCACGGCCCGCCCGAAGAACUUCGGUAUUGGCCAGGAUGUGCCGUACUCGCGCGACCUCUCCCGCUUCAUGCGGUGGCCGACGUUUGUGACGAUGCAGCGCAAGAAGCGCGUGCUGCAGCGUCGCCUGAAGGUGCCACCGGCGCUGAACCAGUUCACGAAGGUGCUGGACCGCACGAGCCGCAAUGAGGUGCUGAGGCUGAUUAAGAAGUACGCGCCGGAGACCCGUAAGGCUCGCCGCGAUCGUCUGCACAAGGCUGCCGAGGAGAAGAAGAAGGACCCGAGGAAGACGGUGUCGACGAGGGCUCCCCUGGCUGUUGUGACUGGGCUGCAGGAGGUGACGCGCGCGAUUGAGAAGAAGCAGGCCCGCAUGGUUGUCAUCGCGAACAACGUGGACCCUGUGGAGCUCGUUCUGUGGAUGCCGAACCUGUGCCGCGCGAACAACAUCCCGUACGCGAUCGUGAAGGACAUGGCGCGCCUGGGCGACGCGAUCGGGCGGAAGACGGCGACGUGCGUUGCGAUCACCGACGUGAACGCCGAGGAGGAGGCGGCGCUGAAGAACCUGAUCCGCUCCGUGAACGCUCGCUUCCUGUCCCGCUCGGACGUGAUCCGCCGCCAGUGGGGUGGCCUGCAGCUGUCUCUGCGAUCUCGCGCGGAGCUGCGCAAGAAGCACGCCCGCAACGCUGGUGUGGACGCCGCGGCUGUUGUUCAGUAA